AUGCUAUCGUUACAUUCCCGAAAUAUAACGCGAUUUGUUACCUUUAACUUACGAUAUUUGGCUACGCCACCUAAGAUGGGCGGUCAUGCUCAACUGAAUGAUUCGAAGCUUCCGAUGGAUGAGCAAAUUAAUCCUUCCUUCUUCAAGAUGGUAGAAUAUUACUUUGAUAAGGGAUCACAGAUUAUCCUACCGAAACUUGUUGAUGAAAUAAAGUCACCACAGAUGGCCGCAGCAGAGAAGGAAAAUUUAGUAAAAGGAAUUUUACAUGCUAUCAAACCUGCAAACAAGGUUUUGUACGUAACAUUUCCAAUUCGCCUUGAUAAUGGUCAAUACAAAAUGAUAGAAGCCUGGAGAGCGCAGCAUAGUGAACAUCGUACUCCUACCAAAGGAGGUAUCCGAUAUGCACCAGAUGUUUGUGAGGAUGAAGUACGAGCUUUAUCUGCAUUAAUGACAUACAAAUGUUCCGUUUCUGAUGUGCCGUUUGGUGGAGCUAAAGGUGGUGUGAAAAUUGACCCAAAAAAAUAUACGGAAUACGAAAUCGAGAAAAUUACACGUCGCGUUGCAAUCGAAUUUGCCAAGAAAGGAUUUUUGGGACCAGGUGUUGAUGUUCCAGCUCCGGACAUGGGAACCGGUGAACGAGAAAUGGGAUGGAUUGCGGACACAUAUGCUCAAACUAUAGGACAUGGGGAAAAUGAUGCAUCAGCUUGUGUUACUGGGAAACCAAUCGUAGCUGGAGGAAUACACGGGCGUACAUCAGCUACCGGACGAGGGGUAUGGAAAGGUCUAGAAGUAUUCUUAAAUAAUGAGGAAUAUAUGUCACGAAUAGGAUUGACACCUGGAUACGAGGGAAAAACAUUUAUCAUACAGGGAUUCGGAAAUGUUGGUUUGCAUACUACUCGCUACUUCCAUCGAUCAGGAGCAAAAUGUAUUGGUAUACAGGAAUUUAAUUGUUCUAUUUAUAAUCCAGAUGGGAUUCAUCCACGAGAAUUGGAAGACUAUCUCAUUGAACAUGGCACUAUCAGAGGUUUUCCAAAAGCGAGAGCAUAUGAACCAUUCACGGAUCUUAUGUACGAAAAAUGCGAUAUAUUUGUACCAGCUGCGUGCGAGAAAGUUAUUCAUAAGGAGAAUGCUGGAAAAAUCCAGGCUAAAAUAAUAGCGGAAGCAGCUAAUGGACCAACAACCCCUGCCGGUGACAAAAUACUGUUGGCUCGUGGUGACUGUCUAAUCGUACCAGAUUUGUUCGUAAAUGCAGGCGGUGUUACAGUCUCUUAUUUUGAGUGGUUGAAGAAUUUGAAUCAUGUCAGUUUCGGACGUUUGACAUUCAAACAUGAAAAAGAUUCCAAUUAUCAUCUGCUUGACAGUGUACAAGAAUCGCUGAAACGGUCACUCAACAAGGAUGUGAAAAUUGAGCCAACAGUUGAAUUCAAAAAUCGUAUUGCGGGUGCAUCAGAAAAGGAUAUUGUGAAUUCAGGCUUAGAAUAUUCAAUGCAACGUUCAGCAAAAGCUGUGAUAGCUACAGCGCACAAAUACAACUUAGAUUUGGAUAUUCGUACAGCAGCAUAUGCAAAUUCGAUCGAGAAAAUAUAUCGAACAUACAGAACUUUAGGAUUUACUUUCACAUGA